AAAGCCGUGAAAUAAACCAAAAACAGUAAGGAGAAACACGGCUAGCGCCUAGGGUUUAUUGUUCUCUGUCUGGUUCUCCCUACAAGCCUUUCCUGAUAUAAAGAAACAAUGUCUCGUGUAUAUGUCGGUAACUUGGAUCCAAGAGUCUCUGAACGUGAUCUCGAAGAUGAGUUUCGCCGAUUUGGUGUGAUAAGAAGUGUCUGGGUUGCGAGGAGGCCACCAGGUUAUGCGUUUAUUGAUUUCGAUGAUAAAAGGGAUGCACAGGAUGCUAUUCAUGAAUUGGAUGGAAAAAAUGGCUGGAGAGUUGAGCUUUCUCACAACUCUAGAGGAGGAGGAGGUGGUGGCGGCGGUGGACGAGGAGGGGGUCGUGGUCGUUCUGGUGGUUCUGACUUGAAGUGCUAUGAGUGUGGGGAACCUGGUCAUUUUGCUCGUGAGUGUCGCUUGCGUGUUGGUUCAGGAGGAGGAGGAGGUAGACGACGCAGCCGCAGCCCUAGAUAUCGCAGGAGCCCAAGCUAUGGUCGAAGGAGCUACAGCCCUCGAGGACGAUCCCCCAAGCGCCGCAGUCUGUCACCUCGUGGGCGCAGCUAUAGCAGGUCACCACAAUACCGCGGACGUGAAGAGCUCCCAUAUGCCAACGGAAAUGGCAUCAGGGAGCGGCGCCGAAGCAGGAGUUAAGAGUUGCUGCCUAGGUGACUUGGCUUUGCUUGGAGAAUACUGAAAUUAGUGUGUUUAAUAUGUUUGGACUUCAGUACGACUAUGUUUUAAACGGGCAACGCCCUCAGCCUCUUGGAUUUGGUUAAGUUUUCUUCAUACUUAUUACUAUGUUAAUCUUCUUUAAGCUAUGCGGGAUAGUUGUAGGCUUAUCAAGAAGAAGGCUCUGUAGGUAGUUUUUAUGAAUUUAUUGAGACAGGUUGCUUCUGAGAGUGGUGCUAAAACUUUAUCCUUUUCUUUUUGUGUUGAGGUUUCUUCUGGGUCUGCUUCAUUGGUUUUGUGCUUCUCUACACUUGAGGUUUCAUUCUUGGCCACCCUGCAUUGGGGUCUUCAAUUUUGAUUGUUUGGGGGUCCCUGCUAAACUGCUUGUCUACAUUCUUCUGUUUGAUUGCACUUCGGCUGUGAUGCGCCUCCUACAAACUCUAGUGGCAUUUCUUUUACUUAACUUAAAAGGAUAGAGCUGCUUCAAAUCUUCAAUAUUGAAUGUUUGGGCUCCCUGCUAAACUAAGUGCCUGCAUGCUUCUGUUUGAUUGCACUCCAGCUGUGAUGCUCGUUCCUCAAACUCUAAUGGCAUCCCAUUUAGUUAACUUAAAAGGAUAGAGAGCUGCUUCACACACUUCUGGCAGGUAUAUCUGUUCCACAGAAGUUGGGUUUUUUAGGAAUCUUAAAUGUGGUGGCCAUAUUCUUGAAAAAUAAAUUUCAAAAUUGGUUGAGUUUUGGGGUUCUCAUGGUCAAACAAGGGACUCUUGUUUUUCAGUUGAUGCUUAUAAUGGUUUUACUUCUUGUUUAGUACUCUAUUUAAUCAUCGAAAUAAUGGAGAAAAAUGAAUUGGAUGUUCUAAUUAUUCUGGUGCAGGUAAAAAUUCUUAAACUCUUCCCAUCUCCUUUUGGUUUUAUUCUUUCAUGUCAUCAGCUUUCAAAUGGAGCAAAAUUAAAGGAUUUCCCCCCUGAUUGAGUUGGUUAUCGGUAAAGUUUUGAAGUUAUCAACAUUAUAAAAAGUUCACAUGUUUUCCCUUUUUUGCAUCGGUCUAUUCUUUCUUGUUCUAUCUUCUCUCAUCAUUAUUUGUUCUCCUAGUCCUAUAGUAUGGAUACUGGUCUGUAAUCACUUGGGGUCUGGUCUCUUAUGGCGAUAACAAAGUGGAUAAUUUUUUGAGAUGCCGGAAGUGCUAGUAUCUUCAAAGAUGUGAGAUAUAAUUCAAGCCCAUAGCUGUGAACUUUGCCUUGUGACAACUAACCACAUCACCCAACAAGCUCAGAGAGGUAACUUGAACUAUUGUAGAAGUUGCCUGGCACUGUUUGGAUGAUUUAUCUGGAACAUUCGUUUUGAACCAAUUCAGCCGGAGGAUUUCUCUGCAAUUUGAUGGCCUUGGGGUUUGCCUUUUCUGACCUUGUGUUUCUUCAUCUCCUGGAUCAUAAGUAGGCCAUGUUUCCACACCUACAAACGUAAUUUGCACAAAACUUGACUGAAAACUGCAAAGAUGAGCAUCGAGGACAUUUUACAAGG